AUGUCCAGGAGAUACGAUCCGAGCAUUGAAGCCCAGGAACGGCCGGGGUCUGAGUGCGACCUCGGUCUGCGUGUCGGGUCACGUGCUGAGAUCACAGAUGUGCCAGAUGCUCCCAGCACCAGCAUCUGUGUAUUUGUUAAACUCCCAUUAUGUUGGCUGAACCUUUUAAAUGAUGAGCUUUACAAAGAAGUAUGCAAUGUUUCCACGGUGAGGCACUUUGUCCUGCUGGGGUUUUCGGACCUUCCAGAGCUCCAGGGCUUUCUGUCUGGGGUGUUCACCAUCAUUUACUUGGUCGUGCUAAUUGGAAACAGCCUCAUCAUCACCAUAACAAUCCUGCACCCUGCACUACAGAGACCCAUGUAUUUUUUCCUGGCUAACUUUUCUUCUCUGGAAAUCUGUUAUGUUUCAGUCACUCUUCCUAGGAUUCUGUUCAACCUUUGGACACAGAAUAGGAACAUUUCAGUGCUGGGCUGUGCCACACAACUGUGUUUCUUCCUUAUGCUGGGAACCGCUGAGUGCUUCCUGCUGGCCGUGAUGUCCUAUGACCGCUAUGUGGCCAUCUGUCACCCUCUGCGCUAUCCUCUGCUCAUGAACCCAAAGAAGUGUGCUCAGCUGGCAACUGGCUCGUGGAUGGGUCCAGUCCCAGUCCAGAUAGGGCAAACGUGCCAGAUCUUCUCUCUGCAUUUCUGUAAGUCCAACCAAAUCGCCCACUUCUUCUGUGACAUACCCCCCAUUCUCAAGCUGGCCUGCGGGGACACUUCUGCUCAAGAGGUAUCUGCCUAUUUGUUAACAAUGCUGGUUGGUGCUGUCCCUUUCAUGCUGAUCUUUGCCUCUUAUAGCAAAAUCGUUUCCACCAUUCUGAGGUUGCCAACAGCCCAAGGCCGGGCCAAGGCCUUCUCCACGUGCUCUUCCCACCUGCUGGUUGUGGUGCUAUUCUUUGGGUCUGUUAGCAUUACUUACUUCAGACCAAAGUCCAGCCACUCUGCAGGAACUGACACACUGCUGUCUCUCUUCUCUACUGUUGUGACUCCCAUGUUCAACCCCUUCAUUUAUAGCCUCAGGAACAAGGCCGUGAUUGUGGCACUGAGAAAGUUAUUUUUUAAAAACACAGUCGUCAUACUUAGUAUGUUCACUGUUGUUGCUCUCUACCAUCCUUGUUAUGAUAUUUUGUUUUGUUUUCUUCAUAGAAGAAGAAGACUGCUUUUUAAAUUGUAUUUAUUAGCGCCCACUGGUUCCACACUGCAGCAAGACAAGCCAAUGCCGCGGGAAUCUGGCUCUGCCCAGGUGCUGGGAUCUGCAGCCCUUGGCCUCAGCCUGGCCGCCUCUGCCCAGUCGCCUCUGAACCCCUUGCACUGCGGACCAAGGGCCCUGCAGAUCUGGGGAGCGCUUUAA